AUGUUCGCCGCACGCGCCCUCCGAUCUUCCACCCCGGUCUUGCGCCGCGUCCAGCAGAAGAGACUGCAGUCUACCCUCCAGGGCACUCAGGAUAAUGCCUUCAACCGGGAGCGACAGGCGGUUAAGGAGCACGCUGCUGCUACUUCUGACCUCUGGCGCAAGCUCUCUAUCUACGUUGUCAUCCCAUCCCUCUUGAUCGCCGGCGUCAACGCAUACCGCCUCUGGACCGAGCACUGGGAACACAAGUCGCACGAGCCUCCGGUCGAGGAGCGCACCGAGUACCCAUACAUGAACAUCCGAACCAAGAACUUCCCAUGGGGCGAUGGUGACAAGACUCUUUUCUGGAACCCCAAGGUCAACCACCACAAGACGGACGAGUAA